AUGGACGACGAAGGCCCUAAAUGGCGUCUUGAACAGGCGAGUACUGGCCGCGCAACCUGUAGUCAAGCCGCCUGCAAGCGCAGCCAGAUCAAGAUCGCGAAAGGAGAGCUGCGUAUCGGUACUCACACGCUGUUUGAGCCAGAGGCUAGAUGGUACAUGGCCUGGCGUCACUGGGGCUGUGCAACCAAGCAUCAGAUCGCGGGAUUGAAGGAGACCACCGGCAACGACCCGACAAAGGCACCCGGCUACGACCGACUCAGCCCAGAGAGCCAAGAACAAGUACGCCUAGCCUUUGAGGGUCAGCCUGUCGACAAGAACUUCAAGGGCAUCCGAGAAGACCUGGCCAAGGACGCUCAGCGAUACGCCAAAGAGUACACUGAUGUCAGCUUCUACAAGGUCGACGUUGCUGGUCGUGCGUGCGCUUGCCGUGGCAGCGACUGCCUGUCUAAGAACGUGAAGAUCACCAAAGGCGAGCUGAGGCUUGGUCUAUCUGUACCGUUCGACGGCGAGCACGAGAGCAUGGUCUACAAGCACUGGCAGUGCAUGUCAGCGUUCGACUUGGAAGAAGUGGUUCGCCGAGCCAGUGAAGACAUGUUCGAUGGCCGUGACUCCCUUUCCACAGAGUUUGAGGAAGUCGUGACCGAGACCCUCGAGACAGGCAAGGUCGUUAAGCCACCAGCGCCCAAGAUCGAGUCGCGUGCGAAACCAAAGAAGACCCAGACUCAGAAGAAGAGGGCCAAAGAUGAGGCAGAAGAAGACGCCGCAGAGGCCGCAGAGACCAAAGUCAAGGCAGAGGAUCCGGAACACGAGGUGGAAGCACAGCCGAACGUCGCCUAUCCGCCCUCGCCUCCGCUCGAGAUGGAGAAGGCAUCAAACACCACCAAGGUCGGAGGAGGAGUAGAUGCUCAUGAGCCGACUGAGGAUGAUUCGGCCGUCGGUGUCAAGAUGGAAGAAGCAGGAGUUGACGAUGCGGUCAAAGCUAAAGAUUCAGCAGCAGCUCCAAAGCCUAAAGCCAAGAAGACGCGAGCGAAGAAGCGUGCUGUUCGAGAAGUGGACGCAAGCGAGGGUGAGCCCGAAUACAUCCCUAAGAAGUCGAGGAGCCGUUCCACCCCGUUCGCAGCCACGAUGCCCGGCAAAAUCAUACCCGUCACCUCCGCUUCGCACUUCUCCCAACUUCUGUCGCAAUCCAAAUACACUAUCGUCGACUUCUACGCGGACUGGUGCGGACCAUGCAAGGCAAUCGCGCCAGUCUUCCAGGGCUUGGCAGAGAAAGAGACCAAGCCAGGCAAGAUGCAAUUCGUCAAGGUGGACGUGGAUAGCCAACAGGAAGUUGCAAAGAAGUACGGCGUCAGCGCUAUGCCAACCUUCCUCGUCAUCAAAUCCACCUCCGUCGUCGAAACCAUCCGCGGUGCAAACCCCGCAGCCCUCACAGCCGCCGUCCGUAAAGCCGCAAACGAUACCUCUGGCCCCGGUGCCGCCUCCGCUGUCUUCUCGACCAAAGGCCGCACACUUGGCUCCGCUUCAGAACCCAGUCGGCCGGUUGGCGAAAGCCCGUUCGCCGGCCUACAAAGGAUGCUGACUGGCAAUGGUGGACUGAGCGAUACGCUGGUCAGGUUUGCAGCGCUGUACUUUGUCAGCCUGUUUGCGUUUGACUCUUUCAAGGCCGCGGAGGAGAGUCUACAGAUGAUGGACCCUUCUUCCGGCUUCACGCCCAAAAGCGCCCUUGCCAGCUGGACACAUGCCCAACUUUCACAGAACUACCGCGAGCUUUACGCAGAGUACGACAAGUACGCACAGCUCGCCGCGCAGUUCGACGGCCCCAGAUUACCCUUCGGACGAGAGCGCGCGCUUCACAACCUAGUCAAUGCACGAGCGAAGGUGGAGCAUGAUAUCAAAAGACUUAAGAAGGCGUACCAAGAAGAAUGGAUGAAAUCAGCCUGUCAGAAUCUCGAUGCGAAGCUCCGUGAGGCACUCGAACAAAGUCGAGACACACUGGCAGCUGUCUUGGAUGAAGAUCGCCGUCCUCCGCCUGACAAGCUCAUGAAGGAGAAGGCAGAGCUGCAGAACGAGAAGAGUAACCUACUGUUGCAGUUACGAGAGUUGUUGUACAGAUAUAAAGAGCUGCUGGAGAAGCAGAAGAAAGGGGAGAAUGAUUGCAAUGUCAGCAAUGUGCAAGAGGUGGAAGGCGAGAGAGACUUGCUUCGAGAAGACCUCGACAUUGCUCGGGCGGAGUGUGAGAAGUUGAGACAGGAAGUAAAAUACCUUCAGGAGGUAUUUGGGGUAAAGGAUUAG